AUGGUUGCCGGAUUCUGGACUCUGCUUCCUGCUAGAGCCACGCCAGGCAUUAGACCACUCAUAUUAUCGCGUGGAGCGGCCAGAAUUGUAUCUGUUCACUCGAUUCCUCUGACCAUCACUCCACAGCCCAAAAUCAACCACUGCUUGGCACUGUCCAACGAGAGAAAGUCGCUCUUGGAGAGACCUGGCUUACUUGGAAUUAAGAGAGGCAUGAUCACCUGGUUUACUGAGAGCGGCGAGCUGUAUGGAGCCACGGUUCUUGAAAUCGACUCAUGUGAAGUCGUUAGUAACACCUCCGUCGAAAAGGACGGCUACUCAUCAGUGAAGUUGGGCCACGUGGACAAAUUGAAGAACGUUAGCAAAUUCACCCGCCAGAUCUGUGAGGAAGCUGGCGUGACGCCCAAGGCCAACUUUGGAGAAUUCAGAGUCAGAACCAAUGAAGGGCUUAUUCAGCCUGGUGUAGAGCUUACAGCAGACUAUUUCGCUAUUGGACAGUUGGUAGAUGUCAAGGCUGUAUCUAAAGGUAAAGGAUUUGCCGGUGUGAUGAAGAGACACGGAUUCAAGGGUUUGAGAGCUACUCACGGUGUUUCGUUGGCCCACAGAUCUGCUGGUUCCAUGGGAGCCACCCAGGACCCCGGUAGAGUGUUGCCAGGCAAGAAGAUGGCAGGACGUAUGGGAGGUAGAAACUGUACUACAUUCAACAACGAAAUUUUGCAUGCUGACGGAGAAGCUGGAAUUCUAGUGGUCAAGGGCCAAGUGCCAGGACCCAAGGGAUGUUUCGUGAAGAUUGCCGAUGCGAAGAAGUUGUACGGCCAGUCGUUGCUUAGCUUGAAGCAAUAA